AUGAACGGGAUUUCUGUAGAUAUCAAUCACUUGAAGAAAGGGGAAGUUAACUUGGGUACUUCCAUCAUGGCAGUUAAGUUCAAGGAUGGAGUCAUAUUGGGUGCAGACUCCCGUACUACCACUGGUUCGUACAUUGCCAAUAGAGUAACAGACAAAUUGACUCAAAUCCACGACACGAUAUACUGCUGCCGUUCCGGAUCAGCUGCUGAUACUCAGGCUGUUGCUGAUAUGGUCAAGUACUACUUACAAAUGUAUGCCUCGCAGUUACCAUUUGAUGAAAAACCACAAACUAAGAUAGCUGCCAAUAUUUUCCAGGAGAUCUGCUACAAUAAUAAGGACAAUUUGACUGCUGGUAUCAUUUGUGCCGGAUACGACAAAGUCAACAAGGGUACCGUGUAUCUGAUCCCAAUAGGAGGGUCUAUACACCAACAGGAAUACGCCAUUGCUGGUUCCGGUUCCACAUUUGUUUACGGUUGGUGUAAUGAAAACUUCAAGCCCGAAAUGGAGAGAGAAGAGUGUGUUGAUUUCAUCAAAACCGCAUUGGCUGAGGCCAUUAAAUGGGAUGGUUCUUCUGGUGGAGUUAUUAGAAUGGUGGUAUUGACUGAGGCUGGUGUUGAAAGAUUGGUUUACUACCCUGAAGAUUAUCAAAAAUAG